CGGAAGUUGCGCCAACGGCGCGAAGAGUGUCAACAAUAACUUCAGUUUGAGUUAGUAGAAUUGCUAUGAAAAAGACAACAUUUAAUUUAUGUCUAUUUAUGCAUUUUGCGAAUAGUGUUAGUUAUGUUGUAUGAAUGUUAAACAAUCUUGACGCAUUCAAAGUUGUAAAAAUAACCGGUUCAAGUUUCAAAGGUUAGUGGUAGAUGUUGAGAGUGAAUGUUUAGUACGUUCGUAGUGAAAAGCUAAAUUCUGUCAUGAAUACAGAAUAUAUCUUUAAAUUUUCAGCCAAUCGGAGUCUUUUUACAAGAAGUAAGAUAAAGGUUCACUUGAAGUUUCGUCAAUAAGACACAUUCGUAACUCAUGUCAAGUCUCCUCAGUCCUCAUACAUCGAGUUCAGCAUGUCUAAAGCAGGGAAGCAAGACUUUAUUGUGAAGUUUGUGGAAAGUGAAGGAUCCAAACCGGAUUAUGCAGUCAAAGCAUAUGAGGCCAUUCUGGAGCUGCAGUCUGAAAAGUAUUUAAAAACCAUCCAGGAAGAAGAUGUUUUACAGAUGGACCGGAAGGACAAGUCUCUGUUUGUUUUCAUCAAAUUCACCACUCCAGCUUUCCUGCACUGCAAAAAGCUUGGGUGCAGAAUAGUGAGUCCACUGGUGGUGCUGGACUGCCUGCAGCAACAGCGCUGUGUCCCUAAAGCAGAAAAACCAGUGUAUAACAUGGCGAUGGCUGACGUCACUAUUUCCUGCACCAGUCUAGAUAAAGCAACCCGGGGAGAGGUGAUGGAUCUGGUGCAGCUCAUGGGCGGACGGGUCUAUCUUGAUCUGAACGUAUCUGUCUCACACCUGAUUGCUGGGGAGGUGGGAAGCAAAAAAUACCUGGUGGCUGCCAACUUGGGAAAACCCAUACUGCUGCCUACAUGGGUCAAAGCAUGCUGGGAAAAAUCACAAGACAGUCUCUUCAGGUACACAGACCUGCCAGUUGAGGACUACCUGUGCCCCGUGCUGCUUGGCUGUAUCGUUUGUGUGACGGGCCUCUCCAGCACAGAGCGCAAAGAGGUGCAGCGGCUCUGUGAGCAGCACGGGGCCAAAUACACCGGCCAGCUCAAAAUGAACGAGUGCACACAUCUCAUUGUUAGUGAACCGACAGGUCAGAAGUACGAAUGCGCCAGGAAGUGGAACGUGUAUUGUGUGUCUUUGCACUGGCUGUUCGACAGCAUAGAGAAAGGUUACUCUCAGGAUGAAAGCAGGUACAUGGUGCAGCGCAAAUCUUCAACAACCACACAGCCCAACACCUCAACUCCUACAGGCACCAGCAAGAGAGAAGAUGGCCCAUCUCUGUUGGGCCUGAGCAACAUUUCUGUCAACACUAGUGCAGCGAUAAACGACACCGCUCUCACCAACGUCACCAUGAGUCGCAUGGAGACGCCAGACCCCAUAGACCGUUUAGACCUGACUGUGUGCCCAGCAGAUGAUGUGUUGGAUGGUUGUAAGUUAUAUUUAAGUGGUUUCCCAGAGAAGAACCUGGAGAAGCUGCGGCGGCUCGUAAGCGCUGCUGGAGGCCUGCGCUUCAACCAGCCCAGAGAGGAUCUCACUCAUGUCAUUGUGAGAGAAGUGGACCAGGAGCUCCAGAAAUUUCUGUCCACAGCAACUCACAGGCCCCAUGUGGUAACAGCACAGUGGCUGCUGGAUUGUUUCUCCAAAGGCAUGUUGGUCCCAGAGGACAGAUACCUUCACCCGGACUGUCUCCCUCCAGCUUCAGACGCUGUAGCUGUCUCCUUCUCUGCACGUCUUGCGGCGAGACAUCGCUCGUCUUCCGGCCCGCCUGUUGCCAACCCAAACACUCCCAAGGAACCAAUAACAGACGAGGAUCUUCUUUCACAGUACAUGGACGACGACCCCACAGUGGUUGAUCUGGCACCAGAGAAUACCAGCAUGAAGUCCUUUAGCGCAGCUGCAGAACCUCAGCCUGAGUCCUGGACGCCCCUCCACACUGGGGGAUCAGAGCAAGAGCCACUGCCACAGGGUAGUCUGUUUUCUGGGAAAUCCUUCCUGCUUGUUGGUUUCGGUGUCGAGGCUGAGGCUCAGCUCUCGGCGCUGCUGAAAGAGCAAGGAGGCAGGCUGCUGUCUGGCCGCAGCCGAGUGGUGGCGGACUUUGCUGUGGUCCCUCAGCUGGGCUGCACAGUGGAGGCCACCGUGGACGAGGUGGUCACUGACACAUGGCUGGUUAUGUGUGUGGAGAACGAGCGCGUUCUGCCGCUGUCCUCUAACCCUCUGUUUACCCCCAUUCCUGUGAGGGAGGGGUACUUACCUCUCAAAGACUGCGUUCUGUCUGUCAGCCAGUUUACUGGAGCAGAGAGGGAGUCUCUGGUGGAGCUGGCCAAGCAUCUCGGAGCCAAUGUCCAGGAUUACUUUGUGCGCCUGGCCAACCAGAAGAAAGGCAUGCUGGCCAGCACUCACCUGGUGUUACAGACCCCUGAUGGAACAAAGUAUCAGGCAGCUAAGAAGUGGGGGCUUCCUGCCGUUACCAUGCACUGGAUACUUGAGUCUGCGCGGACAGGGAGGAGGGUGACAGAGGAGAAAUAUCUGGUGGAUCUGCCCUCCUCUCCAGAGAAAGAAGACGAGAGCUUCGUCAGCGGAUCCCAGAAAGCAGCUCCGCUCCAACCCGCUCGUUGUUCCCCAGAAAUCCCGUUGCUGGGUCCGCAGGGCGGGAAAGCGGUCACGCCGCUUGAUUGCGGUCGCUUUCAGAGCAAAAUGUUUCGAUCUGUGUUGGACAAGAUGAAGCCCAGAGAAAACCCGAGCACACUGACACCAAACCAAGAUGGCGGCAGAGGGAAACCACUCCAGAAAGAGCCGUCCCUGCAACUGGACACUCCCUCUCGAUUUCUGGUCAGGGACCAGCUCUUCAGGCCGUCCUUUAACUUCAAGGAUGCACUCAAAGAUUUGGAGACUCCUAGCGGAAGACCUAAACCCGGGGAAAGGGUGGAAACUCCACUUACCGACGUUAUCAACAGGAACCUGAAGAUUGCUCUGGCAAACAGCUCAGUGAAUAAUGCCACAGAAAUGCAGGAAGUCUCUGCCAGCCCCCAGCUGGCAAAGACAAUUGACAAGGAGAUCCCACAGAAAGACUCAGGACCCCUGACUGGUGUUGUGAUCUGCGUGGGGAAGAAACUGAGCAAAAUGCAAAGUGAACUGAAUGCUAUUGCUGCUUCGCUUGGAGCUGACUUCAGGUGGGCCUGUGAUAACACAGUGACGCACUACAUCUACCAGGGUCGUGUCGGAGACAACUCCCGCGAAUACAAGGCAGUGAAGGAGAAGGGCCUGCAGGUGGUCUCCCAGUACUGGCUGCAUGCUUGUGCUGAGGAGCAGAGGCACGUCUCAGAGUCUCUGUAUCCUUUCACUUAUAAUCCAAAGAUGAGUCUGAACCUCAGCCAGGUUCCCAGCAGCUCCCAGAGAUCUCCGCCUUUAACACGGACACAACGCAAAGACGCGACUGAAUCAAAACACAACAAGUCUGCAGUUGUUGCUGCAGAGAAAAGCGCAGGUGUGCAUCCUGUAAGUAAUAGAUGUGUUGAUCAAGACGAGGUGAACGAUACCACAGAGAAAAGAGAUACUCUGGAAAUGAGAGAGAACCUGCAAAGACAGCUUCAGGAGAUCAUGUCGGCCACCAAAAUGACAACAGGCAGGCGGGCUUCUGUCAGACUUGCCAGGAUGGGAUCAGGCUGCACCGACUCGGGUCCAAACACUCCUGAAGGCAGCCGGGCUGGACGCAGUGGGAGCAGACGUACUCUGGAAGCUCUGAGGGUCUCCAGAGAAGCGGUAACGGACAUUAACACUGAGCCGUCUCAGAGUGAGCAGAUAGUUUGGGACGAUCCUACAGCCAGGGAGGAGAGAGCGAAGCUGGCUGAUAACUUCCAGUGGCCUGGGAGUCCAUCACAACACUCGGAGCCCAUGGCGGCAGCCCCGCCUCCCACAGCAGAAAAUGGACCGCACUUCAAGGACUCAAUGACGGACUCUGAGCUGGUAGAGAUGGCUGCUUGUGACGUUAUAAACCAGCAAAUGGGUCAGAAGGUCGUGGCGCCUUCAUCAGAGGAUCCAGAAGAGGACAUCCUCACUCCUCAAGCUCCCAGCAUCGCCUUCCCUCUCGCCAAACCUCUAGUAGCACCAGAGCCACAGGAAGAGAAAGAGGAAGAAAAUCAGCCGCCCAGAUUUCAGCUGUCGUCGCUCAGCCCUCAGGAGCGAAUCGAUUACAGUCAUCUGAUAGAGGAACUCGGGGGCGUCAUCCUGGACAAGCAAUCUUUUGACCCCAGCUGCUCCCACAUCAUUGUAGGGAGUCCACUGCGAAACGAGAAGUAUCUGGCCGCCAUGGCAGCCGGCAAGUGGAUCCUGCAUCGCUCGUACCUGGAGGCGUGUCGCUCCGUGGGACACUUCAUUCAGGAGGAUGAUUAUGAAUGGGGCAGCUGCUCCAUCUUGGAGGCUCUGCCCUCCAUCACCUCUCAGCAGAAGAGACUGGCCUUGGCCGCAAUGCGCUGGAGAAAAGCUUUGCAGGGAAGCUCUGAACAUGACGGAGCUUUCAGUGGCUGGACCGUGAUGCUGAACAUCGACCAGAGCAGAGAGCCGGGUUUCAGGCGGUUAUUGCAGUCUGGUGGAGCGAAGGUGCUGCCCAGCCCCUCCCCGUCACUCUACAGAGAGGCCUCACAUCUGUUCGCAGACUUCGGUCGUCUCAAACCCGGAGACUUCAGAGUGGACGUAGCUGAGGCCACAGCACAAGGAGUAACAUGCUUGAAACCGGAGUACAUUGCAGAUUACCUCAUGCAGGAGCCGACGCCGCCCGUCGAGUUGUACUGUCUGACUGCAGCUCCGCCUGAGGAAGAUCCAUGCACACCGUCCCGUAAGCGUAAAGCAGCAGCCGACCCCUCCAAGCUGAAAAAGAGCCGUCUGAACUGAAACCUUUGCACAAAAACAUUCCUGCAACAUUUUCAUUUGAGUGAAAAUAACUGUAAAUAAGAUUUUUUUUUUUUUUAUGAUUUAUGAAAAUGGAAUAAAAUAAAUAUAGCAUCUG